CCCACCCCCUCACUUCCCUCCUGUUAAUCCUCUAGCAUCAGCAGCAGACACCGAGGCUAACAAAGCGCUACUUAGACUUCAGUUCAACAAUCUUCUAACCAAUCACUACCGAUGGCAGCAAUUAGGAAAAAGCUGGUUAUAGUGGGAGAUGGAGCCUGUGGGAAGACCUGCCUGCUCAUUGUAUUCAGCAAGGACCAGUUUCCUGAAGUCUAUGUGCCCACAGUGUUUGAGAACUACGUCGCUGACAUUGAAGUUGACGGAAAACAGGUUGAAUUAGCGCUCUGGGACACAGCAGGUCAAGAGGACUAUGACCGACUCCGCCCACUCUCUUAUCCAGACACUGAUGUCAUACUCAUGUGCUUCUCCAUCGACAGCCCAGACAGUCUUGAGAACAUCCCUGAGAAGUGGACCCCUGAGGUGAAACACUUCUGCCCCAACGUUCCCAUCAUACUGGUGGGAAAUAAAAAGGAUUUGCGUAACGAUGAUCACACUCGGAGGGAGCUAGCUAAAAUGAAGCAGGAACCCGUGAAACCAGAAGAUGGCCGGGAUAUGGCCAACAGGAUCGGUGCCUUCGGAUACAUGGAGUGCUCUGCAAAAACAAAGGAUGGCGUGAGGGAAGUGUUCGAGAUGGCCACCAGGGCUGCACUACAGGCCAGGCGGGGAAAGAAGAGCAAUAAAUGCGUCCUACUGUAAACUGGGGCAUGAGGACUGCUUCCUGCAGGGGGUAGAAGGAGAAUUAGGUCAACCCUACCCCCAGAUAAACACACACAAAGACUGCUCUCCCCUGUUUUUACUAAAGGUGUAAUGCUUCUACUGUUUUGUCUUAAGCAAAAGUAGUCAGGUCAUCAGUAUUCAACUUUAAGGUUAUGGAAAAUACUUUUUUGUACUUUUAACAUGAGUAAAAUUUGCCAUAAUGAAAGCUCCUUAAACAUGUUGUAUGUAAUUGUAAAGGUCACCCCAGGGUGCUGUUGUGUCAUACUUGCCAACUACAGUUAAGUGCUUAAGCCCUGCCUGCUGAUCUGAGGAAUGUGUCCACAGCCAACUAGGGUGAAGAACCUGCACACUGUGACCUGUAGUCCUUUAACUAUUCCAACAAACUGAGGCACGCAGCGAGUCUAAACCCGGCAGCGUGCCUCCUAAUAUUAAAAACAAUCCUCUGUGCAUUGUGAUCCAAUGCACACUAUUAUACUGGAAACUGGUUUUGCUAAAAACACAAGUGUUUUGUGUAAUAAAUUACUUUGUAAGAAUCUUGAUAAUUUGCUUGACUUGACUGAGACACACUGAUAGAGGACCAGAACUUAAAUGUAACGCUAACGCCGGCGUCAGGUGGACUUAUGUUUUCUUGGGUUAAAACUUUCACUGAUGGCCAGUUUGGGGUGUUUUUUUUCCGUUUCAAUGUUGGUCAGGGUUUCUGGUUCAGCCAUAGUGCAAGAAGUGCACACAGGAGAUACGCUGGGCAUUAGACAUUUAUACAAGCCACUCCUUUAGUUUUUUGUCUCGUCUGUGGAGCCUGACUAGGGACUAAUUUUUGUGGAAGCAACUUUUGAUAAACAAUGGAACUACUUAGUAAGAUAUAAAUUAUAUGUAUCAAUCAGGAUGUUAACAGUUUGAAAUAAUAAACUUGUCAGUGCUCCCUGGUGGA